UGAGGCAGAGAGCAAGUGACUGAGCAGCGGAGUGAGAGCCUGUUCGUGUGUGGGAGAGAGAAAAGGGGGGAGAGAGAGAAACAGCGGUGAUGAUCGACGCCAGGCUGCCACCACUCUGCAGCAGAGAGUGGCUGCAACAAAAAGCACAGAAUAACAUCCCCGACUCCCCGCUCUGCUUCUUUUUUUUUUUUAUCUCCCUGCGUCUCAGCUAGCGGAUGAGAGCUCCGCUCACAGCUCUGCAGAGGCUCUGCCGAGACCGAGCCGGCGUCAGACGCAAGAUCUCUGGCUGCCAUCAACAAGUUAGGCUUGGACGACCAUGAAAGAAAAACACUUGAUCUUCAAUUAAACGUCAGAGAGAGCAUCCCCGCAGUGGAAGGAAAACAAAAGGGUUUUUUUUUUUUUUUUUAAAAUGGAACAAGAAGAAGAGGGAGUUGCUGACUGGAGUCACUCUGGAUCUAACAGAUCAACUUGAAAAUUAUAUUUCUAAUACGGAUUUGCGGGUUUAAGGAGAAAAGAUUGACCUCUUCUGUGAGCUUGGAUUUUAGGGCACUCUGGUAAAACCACAAGGAAUAAACGUCAUCUUAGGACAUGGAAUUUUACAUUUUGUUUCAACUGGGUGGGUUCAGAAUUGCUUUAUUUCAAAAGAAGCCUGUUCCUUUUGUGUAUUCUCAAAAGGGCUUUUUCCCUUUGGAUUUUUCUUCCAUCCCGUUGCUCCAAGAGUCUUUGGAAAAGGACAGUUGAAUGCAGCCUCCGAUGUACACAAAAGAAUGGGUUUCCAUUCAAGGUGGCCAUUGGUGGGACCUGCACCAGUGGCUGUGAGUGUGAUCAGUAUGCUCCUAGCGUGUCUGCUGUCUCCUGCAUCAUGCACAACCUGCCCUCAAAAAUGCCGCUGUGAGGACCUGCAGUUCUACUGCGACACCCAGGAGCUUAAGGCACCACCAGAUGGUGUGGACAAGGGCGCCCUGGGGUUGUCGCUACGCCACAACAGCAUCACUGAGCUCUCCCCCGAUCAGUUCUAUGGUUUCAGCCAGCUCACCUGGCUGCAUCUAGACCACAACCAAAUCACCACGGUACAGGAGGAUGCCUUUCAAGGACUCUAUAAACUGAAGGACCUCAACCUGAGCUCCAAUCGUAUCACCAAGUUGCCCAACACAACCUUCAUCCACCUCAUCAACCUUCAGAUCCUGGACCUUUCCUUCAAUCAGAUGACAUCAUUGGAACCAGAACUGUUUCAUGGACUUAGGAAGCUCCAGAUACUUCACCUCCGCUCAAAUUUACUUCGCACCACACCAGUACGAGCAUUCUGGGACUGCCGCAACCUGGAGUAUCUGGGCCUGAGCAGCAACCGUCUACGGAGCCUCGCUCGGAAUGGAUUUGCUGGGCUCAUUAAGCUUAAAGAGCUCCAUUUGGAGCACAAUCAGCUGACCAAGAUCAACUUAGCCCAUUUCCCUCGUCUUGUUGCCCUCCAGUUUCUGUAUCUGCAGUGGAAUAAGAUCAACAAUGUCACCUGUGGCAUGGAGUGGACCUGGACCACGUUGGAGAAGCUGGACCUCACAGGAAAUGAGAUACGCGUCCUGACACCUGAUGUGUUUCAAACGCUGCCCAAUUUAAAGGUUUUGUUACUGGAUAACAACAAACUGAGCAGCUUGGAGCCCCUAGUCUUGGAUAUGUGGCAGUCUUUGAGUACGAUUGGACUGUCCAGCAACCUUUGGGAAUGUACCAAAAGGAUUUGCUCUCUGGCCACGUGGCUGAGCGCCUUCAAGGGAAGGUGGGAACACUCCAUUCUCUGCUACAGUCCUGAAUACGCCCAAGGCGAGGAAAUACUGGACGCUGUCUAUGGAUUCCAGCUUUGCCAGAAUUUUUCAGCACCAGUCAUUCAGACCAUCAGUACGACCACAGAUACUACCACGGCUGCUGAGAUCACAAGCUCCUUGUUUGGAAUUAUGCAGCCCACCCCCACACAGGACUAUGCAGAAGAUUUCGGGAGCUUUACCACACUCACUACGACCACAACCACAACACAAACACCAAGCACUGCUAAAGCAACCACUGCUUUGCUGGAAGAGGCAGCUGUAACAGAUGAUUUAUUAGCGAUGGACAACACUGUCAUGACUCAUAGGGUUAUUAUUGGAACUAUGGCCCUCCUCUUUUCAUUCUUUUUCAUAAUUUUUGUUGUGUAUAUCUCACGAAAGUGCUGCCCUCCGACCAUGCGGAGGAUACGCCACUGUUCGGCUAUUCAGAACCGCAGACAGAUGAGGACCCAGCAGCGACAGCCAAUGGCAGACCUAGCCACGCAGGUACCCUAUAAUGAGUACGAGCCUAGCCAUGAGGAAGGGGCUCUCGUCAUCAUCAAUGGCUAUGGGCAGUGCAAGUGUCAGCAACUGCCUUACAAAGAGUGCGAAGUAUGAACUCCUAUUUAUUCUUAGACCAUAAGGUUUGUUAUUUGACCAUUUCAGAAGAAACAGGGUUUGCUUCUUUAAUUUGUCUCCGGUUUUGUGUAAAAAGCCUAAUUUCUACAAGUGACAUUUGAAAACAUGAUCGAUAUCGAAGGCUACGCAGACAGAGGCUGGACAGUAAAGAAACUAUGUGGAGAUAGUCACAACUUUAUUUUUCUAUGAAAGAAAGGUUGUUCAUAUCAGCCGGAGCAAUCAUUUUAAAUAAGAAAAUUGUAAACUGUGAGAUUUGUCUCUACAUUGUCUAUAUUUUGCAGCACAGCUUAAAGGGCCAAACAGCCCAACGCUAACAGAGUACCUAAAGUCAAGGGAUGUGAAUAUUCGUUUUUUCCUAAAAAAAAAGGUAAAACAUUUGAAACAACAUUUCCCAACUGCACCAGAGGCACUAAAAAGGUUUACUAAUAAUGAAUCCUAUUGAGAGCAGAAACCCGAAAAGACAUU